GCCUUCAUCCUCUCUCUCCUCCUCUCCUUCUUCGUCCUCUUCCUCUUCACGAUCUUCCUCGUCCCUUGGUGCUGAGAGUUUCAGGGAGCAGGAUGAACCAUCGCCAGCCAGAGCAUGAGCCCCUCGAGCAUUCCCAGACACCGCUUGCAGAUCGCUUGUUGCGGCAUCAGUUCAAUGAGGAGAGGCAGUUGCGAUACGACAUUCAGCAGGUGAACGUGCCAGCGCCCGGGGUUGCUGAUCUGGUGGCGUACUCGUUACUUUGUGAUCGGCUGACGUAUGCGGGGGUGUACGUGGACGUGACGCAGUUUCCGAGGCGGGAGACGACUCGAGUGUUCAUCAAGUUCCGGGCGCUCCAGGUGGCACCUAACUUCGUGCAUAGCGUCGCCACCUUCAUCGGAGAUUUGACGAUCUUGCCGCCGCAGAGCCGGGAGCUGGCGCGGAACGAAGACACGUGGGAGUUGCACCGAGCGCUGUACAAGUCGGUGGCGUUGGGGAUGUUCCGAUUCUUCGUGGAUCACGAAGACCACUGCAUCGGGGAGCACUUCGUCGUCUAUUACGUCAUCACACGGCCCAAGCCAGCGCAGAAGGAGGGGACGGUGGCGCUGUACCCAUUCGCCCAGCUCCAGACGAUCGAUCCGGGAUUGUUGGAGCUCAUACAUCUUGAGCUCCUAUCCAUUGCGCAAGUGAUCGCGAGCGAGGAAGAGGAGAUCCAACCACAAUUGCGGACGGCGGCUGCCCCGUGGAGAACGUACAACGUGGUCGUCAUCUCGGAUUACAUUGCGCAGCGCGCGGAGAGGUUGGAGGACUUCCCGGAGGAAAAGCCGUUGCGACCUCCCUCGUCGUAUCCCAGACCGGCGCCGCCAAAGGCCCCCCAGAAGACGCCGAAGAGGAAGAGAUGCCACCCGUCGCCAGGAAUUGCAAGGCAGCAGAAUCGGUGGAGGGGAGGAGGUGGUUCAGCCCGCACGCACGCGGAAUCUUGAUCCAGUGCCUGGGAGCGCGGCGACGCUCGUUAAGGAGACUGUCGUGCCAUCGCCGCCCUUCCCGCGCGUGCCCGAUCUC